UGUCGAGCACCACUCUGGUACAACACACGAUGCAUGCUUGAACGGUCCAGGUAUGUUUACAAGUCUGCACGUUGAGAUGCGACACAUCAUGAGGUGAAGAAAGACCGUGUCUAGCAUACCUAGGUUGUUACCGAGCAGUCAGCUAAACGUUCGGCAAUUCCGUGGUUGUGGUGUUUCAUUAUCCGAGGCUAUCUAACCAAGGUCUCACCCCGUGGAGACCACCGCUUCCCACAACAGUAGCCGGCGCUUUCACUUGCAGCCAUCAUUACACUGAACAUUCGACCAGAAUGCUCUCUCGACCUGGUUGCUGUGAGUUGGGGCGCACGUGAUACUGAUUCGUGACCUCUUUCUACUUUGAAGUCCUUGCCAGUUUCAUCAAAUCGCCUCUGGAGUUCGACUUGUUGCGCGAUGGCUUCCAACAAGCCGGCGUCUGCUGCAGCUGCAGAAGGCCCAACCUCAACGGCGGCAGAACGCCUGUCACAAGUUGCCGGGCAUGUUGCCGGAAGUCAGGACGAGUCAGGCAACACAGGGCGGAAAGGGCGUCGUUCAAAGACCUCAAAAGCUGCUGGCCCACCAGCCGAUUAUUCAGAUGUGCUGGGGAAUCUGCAGAAGCUACGUACCAUUGCACAUACGCCCGAUCUCAACAACAGAGGAUAUAUCAGGCAGAAACGAGACGGGAAACUAUGGGUCCGGGAACGGUUUGACCAGCUUCUGGACGAGGACUCGUUCAAGGAAAUCGGCAGUGCCACCGGGUUCGUCGAGUGGAAGCAGACUGGUCCGAGGGACGAGGAACCAGUGUCAUUUACGCCGACCAACAACCUCCAAGGGUUUGGGCUAUUGGGAGGCCGGAAAAUCAUCUUGACUGCUGACGACUACUCAAUUCGAGCUGGACAUGCCGAUGGGGCCAUUUCGGAAAAGACAGUAUACACGGAGAAGCUUGCCGUGGCCUUAAAACUGCCCAUCAUCAAGCUCACUGACGGAUCUUCCGGAGGUGGCUCUGUCACCAGCAUCAAGAAAAUGGGGUGGUCAUAUGUCCCCGGCGUGCCGGGCUUCAUUGAAGCCAUCAAAGGCCUCAACAUGGGCAUUCCCAACCUGGCGGCGGUCCUCGGCCCAGCAAUCGGUAUCGGUGCAGCUCGUGCCGUGUCUUGUCAUUUCUCAGUGAUGGCGGGCGAUAUAGGAAGUCUGUUCAACGCCGGGCCGCAAGUGGUAGAACUGGCGACCUUUGAAGAAGGACUGAGCCUACGCGACCUCGGCGGUCCUGGCAUUCAUUGCACCAACGGUACAAUCGACAACCUGGCAGCCAACGAAGCAGAGUGCUUCGAGCAGAUCAGAACAGUGCUCUCGUACCUGCCAGAUUGUGGGCAGUCGAAGCUCCCGCCCGUCAUUGACAGCAGCGACCCGAUCUCCAGAGUCAACGAGGAGCUAAGAACAAUCAUCCCUCGGAAGAAGACGCGCAUGUAUGACGCCAAGGCCAUUAUCCGGAUCGUCUGUGACGCCGGCUCGUGGUUCGAGAUUGGCGCUCUCUGGGGACGGACGGCCAUCGUCGGACUCGCCAGACUCGGCGGACGCCCUGUGGGCAUUAUUUCUCUGAACUGUGAAGUCAACGCGGGCGCCAUCGACAGUGCGGGAGCCCAAAAGAUCACCCGUCAUCUGAAAUUGUGCGAUGUCAUGAAUCUCCCAAUCAUCCAGUUUGUCGAUGUGCCUGGCUAUGCUAUUGGAACUGUGGCUGAGAAAACAGCAACCAUGCGUUGGGGCGUCGAGCUUGCAAAGGCAUAUCUGUCGACGACGGUUCCGCUAUUCAACGUCCUGACUCGUCGUGUGUACGGCGUUGCCGGCGGCGUGAUGGUUGCGUGUCGCGAUCCUAUGAUGCGCGUGGCCUGGCCCAGUGGCGAAUGGGGCAGUCUGCCGCUCGAUGGCGGCAUCGAGGUUGGCCACAGGUGGCAGCUGAAGCAGGCCGAGGCCGAGGGUAAGAAACAGGAGCUGUACAACCAGCUUGAGGAUGAGUAUCGCCGCUUGAUGAACCCCAUCCGCACGGCCAAUUCGUUCGGCGUCGAGGAGAUCAUCGACCCGGCCCAUACCCGGAGGGUUGUUGCCGAGUGGACAAUCCAUGUUUAUUCCAAUGUGCUGCCACAACGCAUCCUCGACCGAGCCGCAGGGCGGAUCCAUCCCACGUUUGCUUAGGUCCAGCACAAAUUGUUGUUGAGGCAGAUGCUGGCGGCUGCUACUAUAGCAUUUCUGCAGCCCUACCGGUCUCGACCAGUGCGGUAAUGGUCCAGUUCAAAAAGCCUACUCCAAUUGAAAAAGGAGUGCCAGGCGCCUUUCAACCUGGGUUAUUCUUCGGAACACCGAGCUACAAGUGCAAGAAUAUAGGCUAUAUACGCCCCAGCUAGAAGAGUGGACGUACCUCAAUCCUCCUGCCAUAUUCUCCUUCCCUUUGGAUUUUCUUCGCCUUUUCUUUCUCGUUUGCCUUCUUUCCGGUGCCUUCCUGCUAUUGCCUCCUCAGCCGGCAAGAAGCAAACGGCAUAGUUGUUCGAAACGCCGAACAGAAGACAUCCGCAGCACGCACUUAGUCACAUGCGCUACCAUGAAGGCCGCCUCUUGGUUUAUUUCUGUCUAGUGGACGUGCUCCGCUGAGCAGCCGUACAUACGCCGGGGGCAUGACCAUCACUCUGACACUUAUCCAGGUCCGAGACCAACUCCCCAAUCAAUCAAUCUUGGAUGAUCCGGGCCAGUGUUUGACAUUGUGCUGGCGGGGGCCGAGGAUUCUUGAAGGCCCGGCCGACGCAAACCAUAAUCAAGCCGAACUUUUUACCUUCUUCAUGUGACUCUGGGGCUGGCAGCCGGACAUUUCCUCCUCGAAUCAGCAGCUGGGCAUGCAGAGAGCAGGCAGGCUCAUUGAAUUCGAAUUCUGUGCUCUCAAAAGGGCAUUCUAUUCGCGCACAGUUCGAGGCUCUUUCUUGUCGUUCAGGUUGCCGACAUGAGGGUCCAGAGCGGCGCCCAGACCAUGCGCGACUUUCUGCCAGUGCAGUGAUCGACGGAUUGCGGAGACGAGACAGUAAGUGUCAUUACCCCGGACUGGACUAGGAGUAGAAGCGACAGGAGUUCUGACACAUGAGGUGGUGUGUGGUGCUUUUUCCUCCUGAAACGUAUCAAGGAACAAGACGCUUUGAAGGUGGGACAGGGACAUGAACUUUGCAUAAGAUAUGUUUCCACUGAAUAGGAUACUUUUUGUGCCAUUUCUGACGGAGAGGAGAAGAGAAUAAAAGAGACGUGUUCUAGAUGCCACUGCAGAUGUCAGCAGUAAUUAGGCUUUCUCAGCGGGUGCCAGUGGCUUUGCGCGGCAUUUUUGACGUGCCACCCUGCAGGGGCUAGUUCUACCGCAACGUCAAUCACUGAUGAACGCUGGAAAGUUGCCGGAAUGAAGGUUUGACUUAUGUAUAACAUAGUACGUUGUAGACGUGGAGAGGGAGUCUGGCACUACACUGGCGGAUAAACAUGGAGAAACUGGCACAUGCCACACAACCAGCGCGGAGGGACGAUUCGAAAGCAUCACAGUACCUACCAGGCACUUACUACGCAUAACACGAGGCUGCGUCCAUGCUCGAUCUCAAGACAGAUGGCCAUACUCCCAUCCAUUCGAACGCUACUGUAAAUUGAUAGAUAUCUGCGAGGUAGGCUUUUUCGUCGGCCGCCAAAAGAUAGUCUUUGCAAGUAAGUACUGCAAAAUCAGCCGCGUCAGCUCACGUUACUGUGUUGCACUGCUACUGCUUGACACAUGAGGACCUUCUGCAGCAAUAGUAGGCACUCGCCGACCACUCGACAGAUACCUCAACCCGAUCGAUGCCAGACGCCAAAAAAAAACGGUUAUGUCUUUGAACUCUCUGGCAUGCGCUCAUGACGCGAGGAUGUCAUCAAGGGUACGAUAUUCGUCCAAUGUUCUCACUUCCGCCUGCUGCAAUUUGAUACGGACAAAUUCCUCCCGAGAGUUGCGUUCCUCCAAGCUCAAUAACUCGAUCCGCUCCUCGAUGGAGGUGAAUUUCCCAAAAUAUUCGGAGUCGAUGAAGCGCCAGUAAAUGUCGUCGAAGGCAAAGCUCGAAGUGGCUGCUAGACAGAACCAAAAGGUUCCAUUUUGCAUCGAUCGUGCCAUUUCAUCAGACAGACGUUGAGAUUCGGAGAGUCUUCCACCCCGAAUCUCCUCAUCUUCGGUCUCUUUCAAGGCCCGCAAAAAAGUCUCGUGUCGAGGGAGAUAUUGAGCCAAAAAACUGUCCAGACUAUCUUCCCAGUCAUCUGGAUGGGCCAAAAGAAGCCACCAUGGCGAACAGUAUGUAAACUCGGCAGGAGCAGCAUAGGAAAAUUCCCAAUCAAUCACGCAACGGAGGCUCAUUUUUUCAUCCACAAUUACGUUCGAGGGACGGAGGUCAUCGCAGAUCAAUCGGAAAGGGCCCUUGUUGUGAACUUUGGAAAAACUCUUUGCAAUCCUCAGGAAUAAGUAUCGCGCGACGUAUUUCCUUUGACAGUCGGCCUCACUUUCAACUGCGUCGUUGCGCUGUGUUCGAAGAUGAGUUAGGUGAUUCUUGGCUAAUGCCGUGAAAUAGUCGGUAGCUGUUGCAAAUGUGUCUGCCGGUAGGUCCGCGGGAGGGAAGUUGGCAAGAGAAACCAAUUGGUUCGCAUUUAGAGUCAUUGGUCGUUUUGUGACGCACCAAUGGCCUAACCGGUCCCGAGACAACCCGCCUAUGCUAGGGAACUCGCAUUGGGACAGCUGAAUCAAUAUCCUAGACAUGAUCUGGUAGGCCUGCGUCAAUGUUUGGGGGUCGAUGUUCGGAUCCAGUAUCUCGACUUUUCCCGACUCUCUAGGGACUUUGAGAUAGUCGGACAGCAACUUUCCUUCAACGAGCUCCAUGACCAUGCAGGGACCCCAGGAAGAAUCGGAGAUUCUGAUCAACCGUGGUGUAGGAAUUGAUGUAUGCUUCGAGACAUACUUCAUGACGAUUACCUCGUCGAUGACCUUUUCCUUGCGAAAUGCAACUUUGCCCAGAAUUGGAAACCGAAAGAUUGUAUUGAGCUUUUCUUUUAUUCUCACUUCAUAACAACGAUUGAAUGCGCCUUGCGAGUGAAACGAGGUGCUAGCCGUUAAUCCAUACUGUGCUGCCAGCUCGUCUGCGUACUGUGCUAUGUGGGAAUCCAGCUGUCUCCC